AUGGCGGUCCCAGGUGAAAUGUCAUCUUCUGAUGGAGAAAUUCCGGAAUCUGGUGUAUACAAUGGUUGUUGCUUUGCCACACCAACAUGUAGUCAAACAACCAAUGAAAAAUUAAAUGGUUCCAAAGAAAAAGAUGAAAUGGUACGCAGACUAGAGGAAAGGAUUCAACAACAAUCAAGUGAUUCAAGGUUGGGUGUGAUUCUGAAGCCAUUGCCUAGUAACAUGUGUAUGGCAUGUCGUUGCCGUCCUAAAACUGCAAGUAUCGUCCAUGGGGGCACAGGACAUCAAGUUUGCUGUUUCAAGUGUGCUCUUCGCCUUAAACAUCAAAGGAAACCAUGUCCA